GACCAACACCAACCGACUUACAGUACUUCACCGUCCACCUUCCACCAACCAGCUGCUCCAGAUUAAGCGGCACUCUCCGGUUCUCCCAGUCGCUGGAAUUAUAUAAAAUUAUAUAAAUACGAUCUCCGGAAUAAAAGUCUCGGAAGAGCGAAAGAGCUUGAAUGAACGGCGGCGCGCGCUCACGUGACGCGCGAGGAUCCGGUGCGCGCGACUGGUGUUAACGGCGUCGGCGGCGGCGGCGCUGCUUCAAGACUCCGCCGCACCGCAAGCGCGCCGGGCAAAGAGGCACUUGACGCAACAUCAUCGAAGGAGGCGCACUCAAACCAUUCCAACUUUUCUUCUCCUAUUCUCAGGACUGAGAGAGGAUCCACAGCGGACCCGCAUCAUGCCAUGCUCCCGGCGUCUCUGAUCCAUUUCCACAUCUUAGUAUAAGAGAACCAUGAGCACUGUGGAGGAAGAACCGGAUCAUAUGAUACCAUGAAGAGAAGCCUGCAGGUCCUGCCUAACCAGCUGCUGAGCAUUCUUCUGAUCCUGACAGUACCAGAGAAGCUGGUAUCCUUUGCAGAGGAGCUCUCCCCCAGCUGGACACCACGGAGCCUCGUCUCCAUGUUACAUUCACCAAACCCACCUGGCUGGUGGAAGGGGUCUAGUACUGGUGACCAGAACACCUUCAGAGGUCGCAAUGCACCAUUGUCUACCCUGGCAUUGCUAAUGCCUCACCUGGAUCACACCACCACAGUUAAGACUAGGUUUGGCCCAAGUCCAAUACCUAGUAUUGAAUCAAGAGAAAAUCCCUACAGAACUGGUUACCAGAACACUGUUAGACCUGAUUCUAACAGAAACAGCCCCGGAUCUAUCAUUGCACCAUCCAUGGUGUGGAAUUCCAAUGCUAUUUCUGGGAACCUGGCCAUAAAGGCUUCAUCUAUAAGUAGGAGGCCAGGGAACAGGAUGAACCAAACUGGGAUGGUCAGUAGAAAGCAGCAGGUAUCUACGGAACCAGACUCUAAUGUGUCCCCUGCUGCUGAGCAUUCCCAGCUAAGGUCCAUAAAGGAUUUGGAGCAAGUAAGGUCCACUGAUAGCACCCAAGGGAGGAGUGUUGAAGAGCCAACCACCCCCACUUACCCUUACUCUUCAAUGAUGUCAUUGUUGUUAUCCAUCCCUGCUAGGGAACUGGGGAAGAGCUUCAGGCAGCAUGCUCAUGCCAUCAAACAGCGUAGUGCUGCCACGCUUCCUGAAAACUAUACCGAGUCACAAUCAAAGCCCCUUAGUCUGACCACCCAUUUUCCCCUCAGUGCAACCACAGAGUACACGGAAACAAGUAAAGUUACCUCCUCUACUGCAGCUGCCAGCCUUUCUAUGAACAGCAGCUCAACAAAGACAUUAGGUGGCACAAAUACGCCUGCUAACAUAACCAGUGAUGCUUUCUCCUCCAAGACUAGUGUGACAGGCACCCACUCCAACGAUGUCAGUUCAGCAUCGCAACUCAUAAAUGAUUCAAGUGUGAGUAGACAUCCUGCCACCCCACGAGGGCCCCUGGGCUCAGGAAACCAAUCAGGCCCUGAUUCUAAUUCAGACAAUAACCGUGCCACCAUUUGCCUGACCAGUAUGGACAUUGUAUGGGUGGUACUUGCCAUCAGUGUGCCUGUGUCCUCCUGCUCUGUGCUGCUGACAGUGUGCUGCAUGAGAAAGAAGAAGAAGUCAACCAGCCAUGAGAACAACCUGAGCUAUUGGAACAACACCAUCACCAUGGACUACUUCAAUCGCCAUGCUGUGGAGCUCCCUCGCGAGAUACUGCCACUGGAAACUGUUGAUGAGCGGGAGACAUGCCUACCCCCUAAUGGUGACUACAGCGACAGUGGUGUUGUGCUGGUUAACCCUUUCUGCCAAGAGACUCUCUUCAUCAACAGAGACAAGGCCUCUGACAUCUAAGCAUGUCACCAUUAUCAAAGCUUAUCUGUUCCUUUUUUUCUUUCCCAAAGGUUUUUUUUAUAUAUAUAAUUUGGUGGAUCUUCAGAGACUGAGCUUUAUAUAAAUAAAUAAAUAAAUAAAUAAAUA